AUGAAGCCUGCAGGCGUAUCGCUUGUCCUUACAAGGUCCCAACCACUUCCCCUUGAACUUCGCGUGCAAUCAAAGUCUGUUGCUGCAUCACGACUGUGGCUGUCACCCGAGGUUCUACAACGAACGAAGCGGCUCUUAAUCGGUACCACCGGCGAGCUCGCUACUCGGGACUGGCAAAUCAUAGCACCCCUAUUGGAAACGGACAUACCUCUACUGGAAGACCUCGCGAUUGUCCUUGAACCCAAUAGCGAAGGAGCGUUCCUUUCGGACAAAAUCUGCGCGAAUACCUGCAAGCCAAAUAUAUCUCGCCUCACCCUUUCGAACUGCGUCAUCCAUCCAUCUUCACAACUCUUUUCCUACCACAUGACGUAUCUGUUCUUGCGCGUCGCCCAUACCCAUGCCAGCGCCGCAUACACAUCCGACCUCCGACCUGUCCUGGCGGGGAUGCGUAACCUCCAGGAACUGCAUUUGAUCAACAUCGCCCCCUGCAUCAUGGAACACGGGUCGUUUGUCCUCAAUCUACCGGAAGGCUUUCGCGAACUGCUUAUCGUCCUCAACAGAGGCGAAGAUGUUGUCUCCGCGGGCAUGAUCCUCUUCCUUUCCGGUCUCAGUCUUCCCCCGCAUGCUACUGCGUUCUACGAGUUCGACCAAUUUUUACCCCUGAACGAGGACGAUAUCCGGAGAAGCAUGCCCGGACUCUUCUCUGGAUUGGACUGGGAGAGGGUCCCCCAAGAGCUCUAUAUAUGCAUCUCUUUCGUCAGCCUCCGACCUCUCGCCGAGUAUGCUCAGGUUGAUGAGCUUCAAGUCCAAGAUCCGGAACCUCAUUUCUUGCGUCGAGCGCUCCAUUGGUCUAUGUUCUUCGACUACAGCAGUCCUGUGACUGUACUCCGUGGAGCGUUCCCGUGCGACAAGCUUCAGGCGCUGCAUUUCGACGAAGACGAACUCGGCCGAUUUCUGAAGAAAGAACCUUUGGACACAUAUCGCGCUUUCUCUCACGUGCAGCGGAUCACCAUCGAGUCUUUAGUAGACGACUUCGACGCGUUCUUCAGCACUCUAUCCAGUCCGCGCUUUAUAGAAGCGGAAGCCCCUCAAUUUGUCUUUCCUCUCCUGCGCGUUCUGGUGUUUCUGAGAACCGUGGACACAUCCAACGCGAAAAAAGUCAACGAAGAAAAGCAGGCGAUCGAUAAAAGCAUGGUGCUCAUUGAAGCGGGGUUGACCAAUAUGGUACAACAGCGGGCGGCCGCCGGCCAUCCCAUAGAGGAGAUGCUCGUAGACCAGGCUUACUCCCCGUGGGCCGUAUGGGCAUCCAUGACGGGUGUUCGCGUCCAUUUCAUUGAUAGUUUUACGGCCUAG